AUGCCUCCUCCGAUAUCUAACACCCGUACCAUUCAAUGCACCACAAACGGCCGCUAUAACAUCGCCACCAAUGCUACUCAUCAUGACCCAGCCGCGGUGGCAGCAUCGAUUAACAACGUUUUGUUCACCGGAGCUAGCAAAAGCCGCACUGAUUGGCAAAGUUCAUGUGCUAUUAUUCUAGCAAGCAGCACAAUUUUGGCAGAACAAAAUGACUAUGAUGAGAAAACAAAGGAUGUUAUAAACCUUACCAAUAAGGUGAAUGGACAAAAUGAUUUAAAUCUAGUAACAACUGGUCAUAACCUACGGAAGCCACUUACUAUCAAUGAGAUGAGUCCAUUGGCUAGAGAUGAUAUCCGUGUUGCGUAUCAAGGUGUUCCCGGGGCUUAUAGUGAAACUGCGGCUGCUAGAGCUUAUCCAAACUGUGAAGCUAUUCCUUGUGAUCAGUUUGAAGUUGCAUUUCAAGCUGUAGAGCUUUGGAUUGCUGAUCGUGCUGUAUUACCUAUUGAAAACUCACUUGGAGGAAGUAUUCAUCGGAAUUACGAUCUACUCCUCAGGCACCGACUUCAUAUCGUCGGUGAAGUCCAACUUCCUGUCCAACAUUGCCUCCUAGCCCACCAUGGCGUCCGUGAACAAGAUCUAAAUCGUGUGAUUAGCCAUCCGCAAGCCUUGGCUCAAUGCGAGCUAACACUCACAAACCUUGGUCUAAAAGUCACUCGCGAAGCGGCUAACAAUACUGCUGGAGCAGCUGAACAUAUUGCGAAAAAUAAUCUACGUGACACUGCUGCGAUUUCAUCUAAACGUGCAGCACAACUGUAUGGCCUGGAUAUCUUAGCAGAUGGGAUUCAAGAUGAUUCUAAUAACGUAACUCGUUUCGUGAUGCUAGCACGUGAAUCAAUUAUACCACGAAUAGAUGGUCCAUUCAGAACAAGCAUUGUCUUUGCUCACCAUAAUGGGACAACCGUGUUAUUCAAAGUGUUGUCUGUUUUUGCCUUUUGGAACAUUAACUUGACAAAAAUCGAGAGCAGACCUCAUGGACUCCGGCCCAUGAACUUAAUUGACGACGAUAAGAACGUUGGGACGAUGUGUAAACGGUUUGAGUACAUGUUCUAUGUAGAUUUUGAAGCAUCAAUGGCAGAGACUAGAGCACAAAAUGCAUUAGCAGAUGUUCAAGAAUUCACAUCAUUCUUGAGGGUGUUGGGCAGUUAUCCAAUUGACAUGACCCCAUAG